GAGGAUAUUUGAUAAAUUAACAAAACAGGAGAGUAGAAAGGUGUGGUAAAACAGCCCUGCAAUGUGAUACUAAACUUUGUCAGAGGACACAGACAGGUGUGUAGUCAGUGAGUAUUAAGUUACCUUUUGAGGAUGCCCUUUCAGUGUUAUGUAACAGAGUAAAUGGCUCUGAACACAAAAGUAAAGGAAAGAAAAAUGAGGAACUUGGAAUAAAAAGCUCUUAACCGGUAACUUGGUUUGUUUUCUAAGAUAACAUCUCAUCAGCGGCUUUUUGUUAUUGACUGAAAGGUAAUGGAUAUUUAAAACCUGCCCUUUAAUAUGAGUGAUGACAAAGUGAUUGCAAACCCAUUUCAGCAGUAACAUAUUUUCUCUUUUAAUCAAUUCACAGCUGACGGAGAUUUCAAGUUUUCCUCAUCACAUCAUUUUGAGGGUUCAGCGAUGGCUUUUCAACUCUAAGUUUUCCUCUCUUCAUAGUGAUCAUCAUAUAUUGAUUUGUAAUUAAGCAGGAUGUUUCGUCACCAUGGGAUGACUGGUCAGUGAAACUGUGGCUGUCAGUAUUUUGCUGAAAUGUCCUGCUCGGAGGAGAUAUCUUAAACUGUAACUAACAGCAUCGACAGUUGCUACUUUUAUUGUUUCACCUCAGUGGUCACACAGUCAUGGGCUUCUGUUCACCUGUGUGCAAGAUUUUGCGGAGGGGGAAGUAUUUUGUGCUGCUCCUUCUCUCGCUGUCAGUGCUGGCAUGGAUUGCAACGUUUUCAGGUGAAACAGUGAAAUCCCUUCAGGUUUCAUCUGCGACAACACGGACUCUUGUCAAAGACAGAGACAGUCUGAGAGAUAAAGUUAACUCACCAGCACCAGACCGCUUAAAAACUCCACCACCAAAAGUCCAGUGCCCUCAGGAGUCACCACUGCUACAGGGGGCUCUGAAGCUGUCUUUUGAAUCCUCUCUGAAACUGAAGGACGUGGAGAUUGAAAACAAAGGAGUGACUGAAGGUGAGUAUGAGCCUCCAGACUGUAAAUCGAGGCAGAGCGUGGCCAUCCUCAUCCCUCAUCGUAACCGAGAGAGACACCUCCUCUACCUCCUGCACCACCUGCACCCCUUUCUGCAGAGGCAGCAGCUGCACUAUGCCAUUUAUGUCAUCCAGCAGGCUGGUGAUGCAACUUUUAACCGUGCCAAGUUACUGAAUGUUGGGUAUUUGGAGGCACUGAAGGACUACAGUUGGGAGUGCUUCAUUUUCCAUGAUGUCGACCUGGUUCCUGAAAAUGAUUAUAAUUUAUACGUCUGUGACAAGCAGCCCAAACACUUGGUGGUUGGCAGGAAUGCCACCGGAUACAAGCUGCGUUACAAAGGCUACUUUGGAGGAGUUACAGCCAUGACCAAAGACCAGUUUCUUCAAGUGAAUGGAUUUUCAAACACUUACUGGGGUUGGGGAGGAGAAGAUGAUGACCUUCGCAUCAGGGUUGAGCUGCAGAAAAUGAAGAUUAUGCGGCCGCCCGCUGAUGUAGCUCGCUAUACCAUGGUGUUUCACAAACGGGACAGUGGCAAUGAAAUCAACAAAGACAGGAUGAGGUUGUUGGGACGAACACCACAGGUAUGGAAAAAGGAUGGACUCAACAGCUGCUCAUAUAAGACUUUGUCGAUAGAGAGGCUGCCUCUUUAUUUGAAUGUUACUGUGGACAUUGGUAAGCCACAGAGUUGAGAUUUCAAACAGGAAGCCCUGCUGUGACCAAAACAAACAUUUUAUAGACUAUGUUUGGGCCCCUGAGUGCAGAAAAGCUGCUACAUGUGUGCAGGAUUAUAGCACAUAUCAAGCACACAAAAUGCACAUUGUUUUGUUUACAUAUUGAAAUUAAGCUUAGCUGCCAACCACAGUUAUUGAAGAAGUUGGCGGGCUCAUCUUUGCACAGUUUUGCAUAUCAUGCUGCCUUUAUUUACUCAUAUCAACACUAGUCUUUCUCCUUUUUUUCUUCCUUUUAUGCAGCCUGCCAAAACAUUUUUUAAAAAAGCGCUUUUCUUUGGCCAAACAAAGAAGCUGAUAAACUAGUCUUGGUAUUUUGGUAUUUGCUAAAACACCCAGCUGUCAAUCUUUAAUUAAUAUAUGCCUUAUUAUUUGCCUUGCUGACAUUUUUUUAAUAUAAAAGCCUGCAACAUGUGGACAAUGUGUAUUUUGUGUGCUUUCAUUUAUUGUUGCAGUGACUUUCCCUAAAGCACUGCACACCCAUUGUUCACCCACACAGUCACUGAUUUUUCUUAGUAAGACCUUCUCAGGACUGUAUGGGAGCAUGUAUUGACUGUGAUUGAUUGACUGAAGUAUUCCUCAUGCUCAUGUUUUCAAUUUGUCACUCCUGUUAAGGAAGGACAAUCUGCACCUUUAAUACUUCUACUAGUACAUGUGUAUUGACCUCUCAUGUUUCCCAGCUCCUCCCCAGUUUAACUUGCGCAGAGGUCUGAUCAGCCAGAUAACUGAGUACACCUGGGAGUGUGUGCAGAGCCUAUGAGAUUUAAGUUAGUGAUAAGUUUGAUUCAAGGCUGCUUGGACUCUUAAAAU